GUUGAGAUAUAUUUUGCCCUUUCUUACUUUAUUUGCAACGACUACAUUAGCACAAGUAGUGAAUCAUAUCGUUGUAUUUGGUGACUCCUAUUCGGACACAGGAAAUAACCAACGACUAUCCAACGGACCUUUAUGGAGUGAACACUUGGCAGUGGGCUGGAACGCCACUCAAGCCAAUUUUGCUUAUAGUGGCUCUGUCUGUAAUAAUGAUCUUUAUUCAGACCAACCUGAUAGUGAAACCUAUAUACCAAGUAUUGUAGAUCAAGUAGAGAUGUUUUAUAAACAAAACAUGUCUUUGAAUAUGCAAGAAGUUGCUUUUGCCUUUUGGGUGGGUGUGAAUGAUAUCUACAAGAUACUAGAGCAACAUCAAGUCGUGGAUUGCAUUGGUACUCAAGUGCGUCAAGUGCGUCAAGUAUUUUCUGCUCAUAAAUUCAUUGUGUUCAACAUGCCACCUAUGGAACAGAUGCCGUUUUAUGCCAAUACAGAAUUUGCUAAUACAAGAGAAAAAGCAACCAAUGAAUUCAACGAAUUCCUUCGAAAAGAUAUUGAAAAAAUGAACAAACAUCUUCAGGCCAUUGAACUUGACUUGGUAGAUGUACACAGACUCAUUCAAGACAUGGUCGAGAAAUCAGACUUGUUUGAGAUUAAGAAUGUCAAGGACCCUUAUUGGGAUGUCUGUCAAGGACAAUGCGAUGAUGCUAUAGAUAGCUAUGUCUGGUGGGACAAGACACAUUUGACAGGUGGUGUGCAUCGCUUGAUUGCCAACAGUAUCUUGAUGUCGGGUUCAUUAGCUGAAGAGACAUCACUAAGCAACGAUGUGGAUGUGAAUGCCUUGUUGAAUGAGCCCAACUCACACUAUCGAUCUGCUAUCUACAAGGCUAAAAAGAACACAGGAGCCAUGGCUAAACAGAUUGAAAAACUUAAGAAAGAAGACACAUCGACAUCAGCGGAGAAUGAUUUGGAAGUAGAUCAGGAUGAUUCGCAUGCUGGAUUCAUGUAUUUGUUUAUCUUGUGUGCUGUUCUUGCUUGUGCAGGUUUCUUUCUGUAUAAAAAGAGAAAGGGCAGCCAUUUGGCAGCUUUGUCUGGUUUGAUAAAAAAUAACAACAACAGUGAUCGAGGAAGAUUUAUGCCUUUAAGAAAUAUGGAUUCAGAAGUAUAGAAAUGUGGUCAAUUGAAAAAAAUAAAGAAUUGACAACAAUAGAAACGAUUCAAU